GCAGUUGUCGCGAUCGGAAGCAAAAUUCUCAGGAAUCGGUUCCUGAAGUAGAAAAUCUGCUGGUGUUAGUGUAAUUAGCGAAAUUAGUGAUCGCACAAAAAGUAUUUCCAAAAUUGGUUUUGUAUUUAUUUAUAAAAAAUGUUGCCCAUACGUUGGGCAUUCGUUCUUGGAUUUGCUGUCCUUAUCACCAAUGUUAAUGGAGCAGCUUUGAAUUCACCCUCUGAGAAUAGUGGGGAAACAUUUUCAAAAGUAGAUCUUAUUGACCAACUAAAUAGUCAAAGGACAAAAAGAGGCGGAAGAGGCUAUAUGAGAGGACAAACUCAAUCACAGUACUUAAAUUUUGGUAAACCUGAAGAAGAUGGCAAAGCUGAAGCAGAGGCAAAUGAGGGCGGUUCUAGAUCAACAGUUUCUGGAAGUCAUGGAAUGGGACAAGCGCAAAGUCAGUUUUCAAUGGGCGAUUGUAGCGAAUGCGGAGGCACCCCCGUAUAUGAAUAUCCUACCGGACCAGAUACAAUAUCAGCAAUUGGUCCACAACCAGGCGUACCAGGAAGACCAAGUCCUAUCAUUGGCAUACCAGGAGUAGGUGGACUGCCAGGACAGCUACCAACAAUUGGCGUAAGUCAACCACAAAUUACAUAUGGACAAGGUCCUGGAGGUGCACCUGGACAAGGCCCUACAAGCCCAAUUGGAGGCGUUACACAACCACAAAUAUUAUAUGGUCAAGCGCCUGGUGCCGCACCUGGUGCAGCACCUGGUCAAGCACCUGUAGGUCCAAGUGGAGGGAUUAGUCAACCACAAAUAUCAUACGGACGAGUUCCUGGACUUGCCCCAGGACAGGCUCCCUUGGGUCCAACUGGAGGUGUUAGUCAACCACAAGGUCCAACUGGAGCACUUAGACAGCCACAAAUAACAACUGGUCAACCCUCAGAUGCUGGGUUCUUAACACAGUUACCAUCAGGAUCUUUACCUGGGCAAAUUGGUCAACAAAUCGCUUUGCCAGGUCAGCCAGGCAUUUAUGGACAACCAGGUCAACAGGGUGUCACACAACCUGGAGUAGGUGCACCUGGUCAAAUUAGUGACGUGUAUGGGCGACCUGGUCAACAAGGUGUAUUACCAGGACAACCUGGAGUAGGUGCACCUGGUCAAAUUGGUGGCGGGUACGGACGACCUGGUCAACAAGGUGUAUUACCUGGACAACCUGGAGUAGGUGCACCUGGUCAAAUUGGUGGCGUGUAUGGGCAACCAGGUCAACAAGGAGUAUUACCAGGACAACCUGGAGUAGGUGCACCUGGUCAACAAGGUGUAUUACCUGGACAACCUGGAGUAGGUGCACCUGGUCAAAUUGGAGGUGUGUACGGACGACCUGGUCAACAAGGUGUAUUACCUGGACAACCUGGAGUAGGUGCACCUGGUCAAAUUGGUGGCGUGUAUGGGCAACCAGGUCAACAAGGAGUAUUACCAGGACAACCUGGAGUAGGUGCACCUGGUCAACAAGGUGUAUUACCUGGACAACCUGGAGUAGGUGCACCUGGUCAAAUUGGAGGUGUGUACGGACGACCUGGUCAACAAGGUGUAUUACCUGGACAACCUGGAGUAGGUGCACCUGGUCAAAUUGGUGGCGUGUAUGGGCAACCAGGUCAACAAGGUGUAUUACCAGGACAACCUGGAGUAGGAGCACCUGGUCAACAAGGUGUAUUACCAGGACAACCUGGAGUAGGUGCACCUGGUCAAAUUGGAGGUGUGUACGGGCAACCUGGUCAACAAGGUGUAUUACCAGGACAACCUGGAGUAGGUGCACCUGGUCAAAUUGGUGGCGUGUACGGUCAACCUGGUCAACAAGGUGUAUUACCAGGACAACCUGGUGUAGGUGCACCAGGUCAAAUUGGAGGCGUAUAUGGUCAACCUGGAGUAUUACCAGGACAACCUGGAGUAGGUAUACCUGGUCAAAUUAGUGGUGUGUACGGUCCUGGUCAACAAGGUGUAUUACCAGGACAACCUGGUGUAGGUGCACCUGGUCAAAUUGGAGGUGUGUACGGUCAACCUGGUCAACAAGGUGUAUUACCUGGACAACCUGGUGCAGGAGCACCUGGUCAAAUUAGUGAUAUUUACGGUCGACCUGUUCAACAAGGUGUAUUACCUGGACAACCUGGAGUAGGAGCACCUGGUCAAAUUGGUGGCGUAUACGGUCAACCUGGUCAACAAGGUGUUUUACCAGCCCAACCUGGAGUAGGUGCACCAAGUCAGAUUGGUGGCGUGUACGGUCCUGGUCAACAAGGAGUAUUACCAGGACAACCUGGAGUAGGUGCACCUGGUCAAAUUAGUGAUGUUUACGGUCGACCUGGUCAACAAGGUGUAUUACCAGGACAACCUGGAGUAGGAGCACCUGGUCAAAUUGGUGGCGUGUACGGUCAACCUGGUCAACAAGGUGUUUUACCAGGUCAACCUGGAGUAGGUGCACCUGGUCAAAUUGGUGGCUUGUACGGGCAACCAGGUCAACAAGGAGUAUUGCGAGGUCAACCUGGAGUAAGUGCACCUGGUCAAAUUAGUGAUAUUUACGGUCGACCUGGUCAACAAGGUGUAUUACCUGGACAACCUGGAGUUGGAGCACCUGGUCAAAUUGGUGGCGUAUACGGUCAACCUGGUCAACAAGGUGUUUUACCAGGUCAACCUGGAAUAGGUGCACCUGGUCAAAUUGGUGGCGUGUACGGUCAACCUGGUCAACAAGGUGUAUUGCCAGGACAACCUGGAGUAAGUGCACCUGGUCAAAUUGGUGGUGUGUAUGGGCAACCAGGUCAACAAGGUGUAUUACCAGGACAACCUGGAGUAGGUGCACCGGGUCAAAUUGGUGGCGUGUACGGUCAACCUGGUCAACAAGGAGUAUUACCAGCACAACCUGGAGUAAGUGCACCUGGUCAAAUUGGUGGUGUGUACGGUCAACCUGGUCAACAAGGUGUAUUACCAGCACAACCUGGAGUAGGUGCACCUGGUCAAAUUGGUGGCGUAUACGGUCAACCUGGUCAACAAGGUGUUUUACCAGGUCAACCUGGAAUAGGUGCACCUGGUCAAAUUGGUGGCGUGUACGGUCAACCUGGUCAACAAGGAGUAUUACAAGCACAACCUGGAGUAAGUGCACCUGGUCAAAUUGGUGGUGUGUACGGUCAACCUGGUCAACAAGGUGUAUUACCAGCACAACCUGGAGUAGGUGCACCUGGUCAAAUUGGUGGCGUGUACGGUCAACCUGGUCAACAAGGUGUAUUACCUGGACAACCUGGAGUAGGUGCACCUGGUCAAAUUGGUGGCGUGUAUGGGCAACCAGGUCAACAAGGAGUAUUGCCAGGACAACCUGGAGUAAGUACACCUGGUCAAAUUGGUGGCAUUUACGGUCAACCUGUUCAACAAGGUGUAUUACCAGGACAACCUGGAGUAGGUGCACCUGGUCAAAUUGGUGGCGGGUACGGACAACCUGGUCAACAGGGUAUAUUACCGGGACAACCUGGUCAGCUAGGUGUCACACCUGGCCAACCGGGUGUAGGAGCAGGACAAAUUGAUCAACUUUAUAACGUACCCGUUCAACCUGGUCAACAAGGAUUACUACCAGGUCAAUUAGGUGUUGGUACAGCACCAGGACAAAUUGGUGGUGUUUUUGGACAACCUAGUCAACAAGGUCUUGCACCAGGACAACCAGGUGUUAGUGUUGGUCAAAUUAUACCUGGACAAAUUGGCGGUAUUUACGGACAGCCUGGUAUAGGUGCAGAUCAACUUGUACCUGGACAACAAGGCUUAUUGCCGAGUCAGCCCGGAGUUGGAGGAGGUUUAUUGCCACCAGGCCAACUUGUUGGCGGUUAUGCACAACCUGGUGCUGUGGGACUUCCUUCUGGAUUUACCGGUGUUACUGGUCCGAUAGGUCAAUUUGUAGGUGAGUAUAAAACAGAAGGUGUUCCAGGUUCAUUAGUUACUGGGGAUGGUACAAGUGGAGCGGAUGAUGCAUUUUCACAAGCUGAGUCUUCAAUAGCUGAUGGACAGGCAGCUGCAAGUGCUCAAGGAAAGAAGAAUGGAGGUACAGCAAAGACUCAAGUCUCUGGUACAUAUAGCUCUUCUGGUACAUUUAGUGCAAGCGCAAUGACUUCAGAUAGUGAUCGUUCAGCAAAUGCACAAGUUAGUGGAAGUGUUGAGGGUGCAAUGAGUCAAUCGCAAGGCCAGGGAGGUGCAGCACAAUCACAAGCUCAGGUGCAAGUCAAUUCAAAGAAUGGUGGAACUAAAGCAUCAUCGCAAAGUGGAGGAAUAAUUCAUCAAAGUCAAAGCGAAGUUCAAGCAAACGAUAAGGGAGGAUUAGCUGAUGCUCAGUCUAGCGGGCCAGGCCAAACAUCAUCACAAGCACAAAUAGGUUUCCGUCCUAGACAAGAUGGCACCGAAUUAAUUUCAUCAAACGGUGGUGGGCAAGCUUCUGCUCAAUCUGGUAGUCACUCAGGGCAAAGCCAGUCUCAAAUACAUGGCACAUCCAAAUAUGGCGUAUCUUACCAUGGUGCUGCACAAUCGGCUUCAGGUACAAAAGAACAAGUGGCAACUUAUCGUGAGCAAAACCGAGAAUUAUUUCACUCCAUUAGCCAGUUUGGAAAUGGUGAUGCUGUAACGGAUCGUGUAGAUACUCUAUACAGUGGCCCCGCAUUAACUGCUGAACCGGGACUAUUACCCGAUUUACAAUUAAAAGCGUCAAAAACCAGUAAAGAAACAGCAAUUAAUAAAGUAAACAAUGAAUCAGGUACUUUGGCGGAAGAUGAAGAUGACGAAGAACCAUACGAAGAUUAUGACGACGAAGACGAUUAUUAUGAAAACCCGAUUAAGAUGGACUCAAAUUCCAAUACUCCCAAAUCUGAUGGAAAAGAUAAUAAAAAUGAAACCCCAACAUUACCCAGCACUUUUACACAACAAUCUCCAACGCAAGUACAAAAGGUAGCGAUAGCAAACGCUAAUGAUAAAUAUACAGUGGUUCAAAACCAAAAUGGACGUGAACAAAGAUAUCCAAUUCGCACUACAACACCAAAUGUUCCAAGCGGUUUUCGUGGAACUGUAAAUGUUGAAAAAAAAUUCCAUACAAAAGCACUUGAAUCGCACACAACAGAAAAUAAUGUUGAUGGCAACUCUAAAGAUCAUGAACACAGUAAAAUUCCGACACCAGACAGUUAUGUGACAGUAACCAAAUCAGUUACUGGCAGCAUGGAUAAUACUAAAAACCCACCGCAAGAGAAUAAAAAUUUCCAAUCAACAUAUUACACAAAAUCAUCAACCUGUGGUUAUUUCACUUUCUCAUGCAACAUUGUAUAUGGCGCCAAUGGUCGAAGCAAAAUCUGUCGUCCCAAAGCGCCAACCAAUGGAAAAUGCUAAUGCAAGCCAAUAAAUUUCCCUAAAAUUAUAUUAAAAUAAUUUACUAUUAAAUUACAUUAAAAUACAUAUGUUUUAUACGUUUAACAAAUAAUAGAAUAAUAAUUUAAACAAAUGCUAUAUGUAUGCAACAUAUUUAAUGAAACCAUCAAAUAUCCACACCC